UUGCAGAUUGGUGAUUAUGGAAUUGGAAGAUAGUCGAAGCUUGCAGUCUGUAAUAUCAGAUUAUAGUGCCAACCUUUCUUGAGGUACUAAGACUUCAGAGGAUAGACCUAAAUCUUGUUUUGGAACUCAAAGAUUAAACAGUCUGUUCCCUAAGGGCAAUUUGAUGUCUCUUGAGGGAAAUGUGAUUGAAAUUCAUAACAACCUAAAUCUGGUUUCUUCAAUUCAUGCUAAAAUAGCCAGUUGUAUUUUUUUUCUUAUUUUUUUAUUAAUUUCUCCGAAGAGAUGCGAAGGGAAGAGGAAGGGCGGCGUCGGUGGUCAUGGUGGCGGCUGCGGCGGCCAACAAAUCCCUUUUAAAGGAGCCUCGGUACCGAGGCGUGAGAAAGAGACCGUGGGGGAGGUUUGCGGCGGAGAUCAGAGACCCGUUGAAGAAAGCCAGGGUUUGGUUAGGAACCUUCGAUUUUGUCGAGGAAGCUGCUCAAGCCUAAGACGCCGCCGCACGGACUCUCCGGGGUCCCAAGGCCAAAACAAAUUUCCCUCUUUCACACCCUUUCUACAUCGUCUCCUCGUCGUUCCGCCCUCCCCUGCCUUUUGAUCUCAACGCGCCACCGUUCGACGAUGCCGCUGCCGAUGACGAUCUCCGCUGCACCGCGCUCUGCCUCCUGAACGUGCCGUGAUGGUUUUUAAUUUCUAAAUUUUUUCACCCUUGAUUUCUUCUUAUUGUUGCGCGGAUUAAAUUAUAAUGAUGAUCAGAUGUAAGAUUGUGGCAAUAUGAUCUUAGUUCUAUGAGAGGGAGAUUCCAUGAUUUGGUGUAUUUUCUCUUUCUAGAAUUUUAUUUAGGAGGAAAUAUUGAAUGAGAAAAAAAAGUAAUU